GGUAACACUAAACAUUUGUCUUUGUCAGUUCAGUGAAUUUUGUUCGUCGUGUGCCGGUACAUAUUACCGAUAAAACCGCUCAUAUUUAUCUAAUAUAUUCCGAAUUUAACUAAAAAAACUGAACUACAAUGCAUACGGAAACGACAUUAACGCUUAUACAAAUAUUAGAAAAAACUAUAUCCCCAGAUCGAAAUGAGUUGGAAGCAGCAGAAAAGUAUCUGGACCAGGCAGCAGCCACCAACUUCACAACAUUCAUCAAAAUGUUGUCAGAUGUACUGGUUCAGGGGGGCAAUAGUCAGGUGGCUAGGAUGGCUGCUGGUCUACAAUUAAAAAACCAUCUCACCUCCAAAGACCAAUCAACAAGACAUAACUAUCAACAGAGGUGGCUUGCUUUGCCUGAAGACAUCAGAUUAUAUAUAAAGAAAAAUAUAUUAACAGCUAUAGGCACAGAAAAUAGUAGACCCAGCUCUGCAGCCCAGUGUGUAGCAUAUGUGGCUGUUGCUGAACUCCCAGUUGGACAAUGGAAUGAUCUUAUCCCCAUUCUUGUAGAAAAUGUUGUCAAUACCCAAUCUACAGAAUUGAAGAAGGAAGCCACAUUGGAAGCUAUUGGUUACAUCUGUCAAGAAAUUGAUGCAGAGGUAUUAACAGAACAAAGCAAUCCAAUAUUAACUGCUAUUAUUCAUGGUAUGAGAUCGACAGAACCAAGCAAUCAUGUCCGACUUGCAGCUACACAAGCUCUUCUCAAUUCUCUUGAAUUCACGAAAGCAAACUUUGACAAAGAGAAUGAGAGAAACUUUAUAAUGGAAGUGGUUUGUGAAGCAACACAGUCAAGUGAUAUGAGAAUUAGUGUAGCUGCUCUGCAGUGCUUAGUAAAAAUUUUGUCUCUCUAUUAUCAAUAUAUGGAACCAUACAUGGGACAAGCUUUAUUCCCUAUCACCUUAGAGGCUAUGAAAUCGGAUAUUGAUGAGAUAUCACUACAAGGUAUUGAAUUUUGGUCCAACGUUAGCGAUGAAGAAAUAGAUUUGGCUAUUGAGGAAGCCGAAGCGGUUGAAGCAGGCCGCCCCCCCGUAAGGACAUCAAGAUUCUAUGCUCGUGGAGCACUUCAGUAUCUAGCCCCUGUGCUUACGCAGAAAUUAACCAAACAAGAUGAUUUUGAUGAUGAAUUAGAGUGGAAUCCAUCUAAAGCUGCAUCUGUUUGUCUUAUGCUUCUUUCAAAUUGUUGUGAAGAUGAGAUUGUACCCCAUGUUUUGCCUUUUAUACAUUCAAAUAUUAAAAACGAAAACUGGCGAUACAGAGAAGCUGCCUUGAUGGCUUUUGGAUCAAUAUUAGGUGGACUUGAAGCUACCAUUCUUAAACCCUUAGUAGAAAAUGCAAUGCCAACUUUGAUUGAAUCUAUGUAUGAUACAAGUGUGGCUGUUAGAGAUACUGCUGCAUGGACAUUUGGUAGAAUUUGUGAAAUUGUUCCUGAAGCAGCUAUCAAUGAGAAUUACUUAAAACCACUUUUAGAGAGUCUUGUCAAUGGCUUAAAAGCAGAACCACGUGUUGCUGCAAAUGUAUGUUGGGCAUUCACGGGUCUAGCGGAAGCUGCAUAUGAAGCUGCAGAUUGUGGCGACUCUAAUCAACCCCGAACAUAUUGUAUGUCCAAUUACUUCGAUUUCAUUGUACAGAGGCUUCUGGAAACUACAGAUCGUCAAGAUGCAGCACAACGUAACUUAAGGUCAGCUGCUUAUGAAGCUCUCAUGGAAAUGGUAAAGAAUUCACCCACUGAUUGCUAUGUUACUGUACAAAAAACGACCAUGGUGAUUUUGGAGAGAUUACAGCAAGUACUUCAAAUGGAAAAUCAUAUUUCAAGUCAAGCUGAUCGGUCACAGUACAAUGAUCUCCAGAGCCUUCUUUGUGCGACACUACAAUCUGUUUUGCGUAAGGUUACACCUGAAGAUGCACCACAGAUAUCUGAUGCUAUAAUGUCAGCUCUAUUAACAAUGUUUGCUGGUAAUGCUGGUAAAGCUGGUGGGGUCCAAGAAGAUGCACUCAUGGCUGUAUCUACAUUAGUUGAAGUUUUAGGAGAAGGUUUUCUAAAAUAUAUGGAUGCUUUCAAAAGGUAUCUUUAUGUAGGUCUUAAAAAUCAUCAAGAACAUCAAGUAUGCAUAGCAGCUGUUGGUCUCACUGGUGAUAUUUGUCGGGCUUUGAAAAGUAAGGUGCUGCCAUAUUGUGAUGAAAUUAUAGUUUUGCUAUUAGAAAAUCUAGGUGAUCCAUCAAUACAUCGUUCAGUAAAGCCACAAAUAUUAUCUGUAUUUGGAGAUAUUGCUCUUAGCAUUGGACCUGAUUUUGCUAAGUAUUUCGAUAUAGUGAUGCAAAUGUUACUGCAGGCCAGUAAUGCCCAAGUGGAUCGCAAUGAUUAUGACAUGGUGGAAUAUUUAGGUGAACUUCGUGAAAGUGUACUUGAAGCUUAUACUGGUAUCAUCCAAGGAUUAAAAGGCGCUAGUGGAGAGGUGCGGUCAGACGUGACUCUGGUCGAGCCCCACGUGCCGGCUAUAGUGAACUUCAUGAUCCAAGUGGCAUGCGAGCCGGAGCGUACGGACGGGCAUAUGUCGGUGAUCGCGGGCCUGGCAGGCGACCUAUGCACCGUAUUUGGCCAACGCGUGCUGCCGCUACUAGAGACACGGCCGCUGCUCGAUCUACUACAGGCGGCGCGCCAUUCGCGCACCCCGCGUACUAAGGCCCUCGCGAUCUGGGCCACUAAGGGGAUCCGCAAGCUCAAGCAGCAGCCUACUCUUACUAGCUGAUUUGGAUCAUCGCGAUGCAGUGCUGACAUAAUGCAGUUUCAGACAACUUAUUGCUGGUAAACUCAAUUAUAUUGGCAGGUCAUAUCAUAUUAUUCAGACGCUAGGUGCAUUUGUGUUGCAGCUGUUACGUCUUGUUGUAAUACAACAAUGUAUAUGUUUAUUGUUUUAACUAAGUUAUUCAAUUCAUGAAUAACAAAUCUCUUAUUGUUUAGCUGUAUAAAUGUGUAAACUAUUAAUAAAUGAAUUCCAAUAUUUGUUUCUGUUAUUUGUCAUAAAGGGGAAUUAUUUAUUGAUCGUUUCACAAAGUAAUUAAACUACGGCCGCAUGUAAUGCACCUAUCGCAAGAUUAUUAAAAUUAUUUAAGUAUGCCUGACCAUUAUAUUUCCAUAACGAUCUUAAUAAAGGUUGAAGCAUUUUUUCCUAUUUGGUAUUAUAAAUACAGACAGUGGCUGUGGUAUCUUUACUUAUGUGAGUUAAAGUGAUACUUUGAAAGAAGUUUGAAUGAAAGAUGACGUAUGUUACUAUAGGCAUGCACAAGUGCAAGGGAUUGUGAAUUUUAUUAUAAAUUUAUUAUUAUGUUUUGUAAGACGCAUGAAAGGAAGUGUGAAUGGUAAAGUAUGUAUGAGACGAUGCAUGUAUGAUUAUCACAGAUGUUUGUAACUAAGGCAUGUGUCGAUCUUUAUAUAAAGUCGGUAUAAUGUAUAAGAUUCCGUCAUCGUAAUUUGAGACUGAAGGACGCCAUAUUGGUGAAAACUACUUUUUGUUCAUCACAGUACAGUGCUGAAACAAAUUUUCUAUUGAAAAAUAUGACUGCUAAUGUCCAAAUAAUAAAUUAUUUCUAUAUUAUUUUUAAAUAUCGAUGGUAUUUAGAAAAUGAUAUUUUAUACAUGACAUUUGAAUACCCAUUUGAAAUGUACUAUGUUAAUAUUUAUGUUCUGCCAUUUAUUAAAUUUUUAGUGAUACUUAUAAAUAAAAUUAUUUGCCCAUUUUUCGUCAUAGUAAGUAUUAUUGCAAAAUAGAUAAUAAUUAUAAUAGUUACAGAAGGUUUACUAAUUUCAAAUUUUUUGUACCUAUAUACAUAGUAGGGAUUAUCUAAAAUAUUAUAAGAUUGUUAACUAUCAGUUAUUUCAGUAUCGUUAACCAUUUGUGCCAUACGCGGUACAAUGGUUAAUAACAGCGGAACAAUAAAUAAUAUUACAAUGAUAAUCUUAGACUAAGUACUGCUCAUACGGCGAUUGGCUGUAGUAGGAUUGGUAGCUAAGUAUACAUAUUUGUUUACCAAACCAAACUGAGUGAAUCAGAGUUGGUAGUGCUUAUUACACUUAUACUUUCGGAAACCUAAUUACAAAAGCUUAUAAUUAUUUAAGAAAGAUUUUAAUCACAUACAUGUACAUAAUAUAUUAAAACUAAUGAAAUAACUGUUAUCUAAAAAUAAUAACAGGUUAUUAUUUGUCUUGUGAUGAAUAGAAAGGAAAAUUGCCUUCUGGUCUCUGUAUUACAUUAUUUGUACAUAUGUAAUUAAAAGCUCUUUUGUUACAAUUUAAUAUUAAAAUGGCAAUAACAGGAAAAAAUAAUGAAGGCAGGGAGUUAUUUCUUCGUAAGGAUAUUACGGGUUCUUAGGGACUUUUGAAAAUUUUAUUAAGCAGACUUAUGAUUUUAGAAAUCAAUUUAGAAUCUCAAGAUUUGGUUUCAAUAAUUUAUUUUAUUACAUUAUUCAAAACUUAUAUGUAUUUAAAUUUAUAUUACUUCCCUUUCUUAAAAUUCACUAUUCAGUCGAGAUCUGUUGAUUACUUAAAUACAAUUUGAAAAUUAUAGGUAGUGCCUUCACGUAAUUAUGUGCUAAAAUAAAUCAAAGUGACAAAUUUUUGUCCCCAUAUAUAACCGUUUUUGUUUAUAUAAUUAUCAGUCCUUUUAAAAUAUAUUACCCACAUUAUGUACGUUGUAGACUGCCAGUCUUUGUAAGAGCUUUGUAAGUACAUUAAUGCCAAGUGAUUAAAUCAAAUAGGAUUUUGAAUGUUUGCUAGUCUGUGAGCAUCACUGACAGGGAUGAUGUUUGCGAGAAUUAUGCAAGAUUUAUGAGAAGUUUAUCUUUACUCAUCUAAUCAUUUUACGUUAUACACACACAUACAUAUAUAUAGAGUAAAAUCGAAAUUUUUAGCUGUAGAUAUGUAAAACUUAUAAGAAUCCACCCAUGCUAUAGAAUAUAUUUGUACAGAAAUUUCACGAAUCAAGUAUUCAAACACGACAAGUAUUUUUAAGUUUCCCACUAACUUAACAGCUGGAAACGUUAUGUUAAUAUUGGAGAAAUCUGUUUCCUUGGCGAAAAAUAUUUAGUUUCAUUGGUAGUAGUUAGCCUGGUAGCCUCUUAAAGAGAUGCUUCGAGAGAUUUCGAUUUUACCAUAUAUAUAAAAGCCCUCUUAUAAGUGCAAUUUAUGAUUUUUCAAAAUAUUUCAAAAGUCAUAUAAUACGUAUCUACAUCUUUCUAUUUAAGUAUGAUAGGAGAAUGUGUGAGGACUAGUGCCAUGCCAUGAAAGGUUCUGAAUUAGAAUCGUAGGCAUCGAGUCGAUGAAUACCACCCACUUUUCCCGCGCGAAUCGAAAAUCAAUUUAAAAUUAUUUUGUUACAACUUUUAUUUCUUUUUGAUUACGACUACUAUUCUGUAAACUGUUCUAUAAUAAAUAAAACAUUUAGAAGUUGAA